UCCGCGGCGCCUCUGUGAUGUCACUGUGGAGUCUGUGGAGGGUCGGCUGCCGGGGCACCGGCUGGUGGGGGGCGCUGCGGGAGCCGGCGAGAUGUUGUCUCCGGGGGUCCCGGGGCUUCAAGAGCCAAAACCACGAGCAGCAAGACUGGAGAAGCCGCAACAAAACCGUGCUGACCUACGUGACCGCUACGGUCGUGGGAAUGGUGGGCAUGUCCUAUGCGGCUGUGCCCCUGUACCGCCUGUACUGCCAGUCCUCAGGCCUCGGCGGAGCGGCCGUCGCUGGCCACAGUUCAGACCAGAUUGAGGCUAUGCAGCCUGUGAAGGACCGGGUCAUCAAAGUCACGUUCAACGCAGACGUACACGCCAGUCUACACUGGAACUUCAGGCCGCAGCAGACGGAGAUCUACUUGGUUCCAGGUGAAACCGCGUUAGCGUUUUACAAGGCGAAAAAUUCGACCGACAAACCAGUGAUAGGGAUUUCUACUUACAACGUCAUCCCCUAUGAAGCAGGACAAUACUUCAACAAAAUCCAGUGCUUUUGCUUUGAAGAGCAGAGGCUGAACCCGCAUGAAGAGGUGGAUAUGCCGGUGUUUUUCUUCAUCGACCCAGAGUUUGCAGAAGACCCCAGAAUGGCGAACGUGGAGAACAUUAUGUUGUCUUAUACCUUCUUUGAAGCCAAGGAAGGCCACAAGUUACCGCUGCCCGGCUACAGCUGAACUCUGACUGCUCAAUGGACUGUCUAUAGUGUAAUCUACUCAGCAGAACUUUUAUAAUUAAAUUAAAGAAAACGUACAAAAUG